GAAAGGAAAUGUUAGUUGUUGCUGCCAACCUUGGUAAACUAACAACAGCUAAAAUCAAGAGUUACAAGUGUAAAAAAGCAACAACGUUUUAUUUUGAAAAUAGAUUAUCCAUGAUAAUCAAAGACCUUCAAUAUCAGGCUUUCAAAAGCGGCAAUUCAACAAAUUUCAGUGAGGCAGUGACGUGUGGAAUAGAGAAAGAUGGGAAACCAAAUACAAUGUAUAUCGCUACAGGAACAAUAGUCGGAGCAUGUCUACUUAUUGUCCUAGUGUUGGCUACCGUACACUUCAUAAGGAAAUACCGGAAAUACGACACAAUAACGUUUUGAAAAUAACAAACAUUCGGGAUCAGAUUCCAAGUUCGAGUAUUCAUCAAAAUGUGGACUGACGCUUUAAUUUUGAA